AAAAUUUUUUUUUUGCUUUGUUCCAGCUUUUCUUCUUCUUCUUCUUCGUGACAUAUAGUAAAGCCCCGGGGCUCUGACCCAGCUUCAGAAAAAGAGCCAGUAAAGUGAGUUCAUGAAAAAGAAAUUAUUCAACUAUGGAUUAGCAAAACUGUGACAGGGAUUAAGAAGUGACACAGAAGAGGAACACCCUUAAAGUAUGUAUAUAAGAGCCAAAAAAAGCAGGCGACGAGCACAUUCUUCCUGUCACCUCUCCUGUUCAUCCAGACAAGCUAACCGUUGGAGAGCACCAUGUCCUGCUCAUCUCGCAUCUCCCCCUCCCGGGCUGGGGGCAGCAGCUCUGUCAGGGUGUCUGCUGGCGGGAGCAGCUUCAGCAGUGGAAGCAGAUGUGGCCUGGGGGGCGGCUCUGCCCGGGGCUUCCGAGGAGGAGUCAGCAGCUACGGCCUGAGUGGGGGGUCUGGCAGUGGCUUUGGAGGCAGCUUUGGAGGGAGCUUUGGUAGCUGCUCAGUAGGAGGCAGUUUUGGAGGUUCUGGAGCUGGCUUUGGUGGGGGUUCUGGUUUCGGCAGGAGUUCUGGAUUCGGUGGGGGUUCUGGAUUUGGCAGUGGUGCUAGUGGAGGCUUCUACAGCUAUGGUGGUGGUAUGGGUGGUGGUGUUGGCAAUGGGGGACUUUUCUCUGGAGGUGAAAAGCAAACCAUGCAGAACCUCAAUGACCGCCUGGCCAAUUACCUAGACAAAGUCAGAGCCCUAGAGGAGGCCAACACUGACCUAGAGAACAAAAUCAAGGAGUGGUAUGAAAAAUUUGGGCCCGGGUCUAGAGAUGGUGCAUCUAAAAGAGAUUACAGCAAGUACUACCCAAUAAUUGAAGAUCUGAGGAAUCAGAUCAUUACUGCCACUUCCGAAAAUGCUGGCAUCAUUUUACAAAUUGAUAAUGCCAGGUUGGCAGCUGACGACUUCAGACUGAAGUAUGAGAACGAGCUGUAUGUCCGGCAGAGCGUGGAGGCUGACAUCAACGGCAUGCGGAGGGUCCUUGAUGACCUGACCAUGACACGUUCUGACCUGGAGAUCCAGAUCGAGAGCCUCAGUGAAGAGCUGGCCUACCUGAAGAAGAACCACGAGGAGCAAAUGAAGAGUAUGCAAGGCAGCUCUGGAGGUGACGUGACUGUAGAAAUGAACGCUGCCCCAGGAACUGACCUGACCAAAUUACUGAAUGACAUGAGGGCGCAGUACGAGGAGCUGGCUGAGCAAAACCGCCGGGAGGCCGAGGACCAAUUUAACAAGCAGAGUGCAUCACUGCAAGCCCAGAUCUCUACUGAUGCUGGGCAGGCCAGUUCCGCCAAGAAUGAGAUAACAGAACUGAAGCGUACAGUGCAAGCCCUGGAAAUUGAGCUUCAGUCCCAACUUGCCAUGAAAAGUUCCCUGGAAGGAACCCUGGCUGGCACAGAAGCGGGUUAUGUGGCUCAGCUGUCAGGAAUACAGACGCAGAUCAACAGCCUGGAGGAGCAGGUCUGCCAGAUUCGGGGCGAGACCGAGUGCCAGAAUGCAGAAUAUGAGCAGCUGCUGAACAUCAAGACCGGCCUGGAGAUGGAGAUCGAGACCUACCGCCGCCUGCUCAAUGGAGAAGGAGGUGAUUCUGGUUUUGGAAGAACUGAUUUUAGAAACUCAGGGUCCAGAAACACAGAGUGCAGAAACACAGGAUCCAGUGGUUGGGUAUCUGGUGGUGACUCAAGGUCUGGAAGCUCUUCUGGUCAAGGAAGAGAUCCAAGCAAAACCAGAGUGACUAAGACCAUCAUAGAGGAGGUGGUGGAUGGCAAGGUUGUCUCAUCUCAUGUCAGCAAUGUUUCUGAAGUAAAACUUAAAUAAGCAGUUUCUAGAUCAACAAGAGUGUCUUUCGAAGAAGAACUCAAGAAGGACACAAAAGAAGACAUCGCACCAAUCUAGUCAUCUUUCUGGAUAGCUUCAGGGAAAAGUUUCAGUCCAGAAAUAGAUAACUAGCCAAUUUUCCUGCAUCCCCUCCUUUCUUAUUAGAAUGCUCUUGAAAAGGUUAAAAUGACAACUUUGCUCCAAUUGUUUCUAUACUUCAAUAAACUUACU